UACAAACUCGGCGGAUGUCAACAAGAAUGAUGAUGCUGUGUUUGGAGGACGAGUAACAUCACCUUCGGAGAAUACCGCCGAGCAAAUAACAAGAACGUCACUACUGGGUGGGAAACCUCCCGUUGAGGAUCAGAACACCCUCAGCGUGCUUAGAACCAGUAGGAGCGGUGAUGCCAGUAUUAUCAGACAAAGCAGAGCGGAACUG